CUGCGAAUAGAGGAAAGAAGCAUGAAGAAGAGACACACACACAAAACUUCGCCCGUUGAAGAUGACAAGACUGUAUUUUUAUAGACAAGCAUGAGGAGGACGUCAACACCCUUUACGAAAGAGAUCUCCUUUCUGAGGAAGCAUGGGAGAAGAAUGCUUUACAGCCCAGAUGCAAUCAUCUAGCAUCUCCAUAGAUCAAAGCUCAUCUACUCCUUCUACAACUUUGUGGUGUCUUGUUUGCUGUCUUGCGCAAUCUGCAAAAAAAGUUUUCGACGGAGAUGAAGAGACGGCCAAGCAAGCAAGCAACGUAUAGCCAUGUCGACCCAGCGUAUCGCUCUUCUCUCCGUCUACGACAAGACUGGUCUUUUGGACCUCGCAAAGGGCCUCAUCUCCAAUGGCGUCAAGCUGCUCGGUUCUGGCGGCACUGCCAAAAUGAUCCGUGAAGCAGGCUUCCCGAUUGAAGAUGUGAGUAGCAUCACGAAUGCGCCAGAGAUGCUCGGUGGUCGUGUCAAGACGUUGCAUCCAGCAGUACACGGCGGUAUCCUAGCUCAGGAUAUUGAGCGCGAUGAGCAAGAUCUCGCAAGCCACAAUAUCAGCAAGAUUGAUGUGGUUGUUUGUAACCUCUACCCAUUCGCUCAAACCAUUGCGAAACCUGCAGUGACGAUUGCAGAGGCUGUGGAGGAGAUUGAUAUUGGUGGUGUGACGCUCUUGCGUGCAGCAGCCAAGAAUCAUGCUCGCGUCUCCAUCCUGAGUGAUCCCGCCGACUACCAUCAAUUCCUGGAAUCCCUCGAACAGGGUAAGAUUACGGAGGAGGAGCGCAAGUUGCUCGCUCUCAAGGCAUUUACACAAACAGCCAGUUAUGAUGAGGCCAUCAGUGAUUACUUCCGCAAGCAGUAUGCCGGUUCAGGCGGCAAGCAGCUCACCUUGCGAUACGGUGCCAACCCACACCAGAUCCCAGCUCAAGCAUUUGUCAAAGAUGAGAAACUGCCAUUCAAGGUGCUUUCGGGCUCACCCGGCUACAUCAAUUUGCUUGAUGCUUUGAAUGCUUGGCCGCUCGUCAAAGAGCUCAAGGAAGGGUUAGACCUCCCUGCAGCGGCAUCCUUCAAGCAUGUCUCACCCGCUGGUGCAGCGGUGGGCGUUGAAUUGACGGAUGAUGAAAAGAUUGUGUAUGGUGUGUCUGACUUGAAGGACAUGUCACUCCUUGCAUGCGCUUAUGCGCGUGCACGAGGCGCAGACCGCAUGUCUUCCUUUGGUGACUUUAUCGCGUUGUCUGAUGAGUGUGAUGCUAUCACUGCGCGCAUCAUCAACAGGGAAGUGUCGGACGGUAUCAUUGCACCUGGCUACUCCCCUGAAGCCCUUGAAAUCUUGCAAAAGAAGAAGGGUGGCAAGUACUGUGUGCUACAGAUGGAUGCCGACUAUGUGCCACCGGCCGUUGAGACACGUCAGGUGUAUGGUAUCUCCCUUCAACAACGACGCAACGAUGCCAAAAUCUCAGCAGCAACAACCUUCAACAAGAUUGUCUCACAAAACAAGGAACUUCCAGAGGAAGGCAAGCGGGAUAUGGCAGUCGCCACCAUCGCUGUCAAGUACACGCAAUCCAACUCUGUGUGCUAUGCACGUAAAGGAAUGGUGAUUGGUCUUGGUGGCGGUCAGCAAUCGCGUAUCCACUGCACGCGUUUGGCUGGUGAAAAGGCGGAUAACUGGUGGUUGCGACACCACCCACGCGUCCUGAGCCUCAAAUUUAGCAAAGCUGCUAAGCGUGCCGACAAGGCCAAUGCCAUUGACUUGUUUGUGACGGGCAAAGUGCCUGCCUCUGGCCCUGAGCGGGACUCUUGGGAGAGCAAGUUUGAGGAGGUGCCUGCCUUUUUGACGGAGGAGGAGCGCAGUGAAUUUGCAAAGAAGCUGGAUCAAGUGGCCUGUUCGUCAGAUGCCUUCUUCCCCUUCCCGGACAAUGUCUUUAGACUUGGACAGUCUGGCGUGCAGUAUGUGAGUGCGCCGAUGGGCUCCGUGAUGGAUGGUGCAGUGAUUGAGGCUGCUGAUUCUUUGGGCAUGGUGUACAGCGAUACUGGUCUUCGCCUGUUCCACCACUAGAAUCCUACCCUGAGUCUUUCUCUCUAGUACACUACCACUCCUAUAGCUAUCCAGUACCUCAGACUGACCUCCCUGACCUGGCCCCUGUCGCUCUCGGCCUUUUGCUGGGAGAGGGGGCGUGCUGCUGUGAUUGGUUGGAUGUUAUCUCAGCUUCGACUCCGCAACGGUCGGGCAAGCGGAUCACCAACUCAACCUCAGCACCAGCAGGCGUAGAUAGAGACACAUCUGCCUGCCUCGAGUGA